AUGCAUCAUCUGUUGUCUGGUGUUGGUGGCUCUUGUGAGUCGACUGAGAGAGCCAACGGUGUGGCGAGGCGGGAUAGUAGUAUUUCUCUGGAGGAGAGUGCUUAUACGCGGGACAAUCCUGAGACUUCAGGGAACACCCUCGUUCCUGUUGAGAGUCAAAAGAUCGAAGACAGCCAUGAUCCCGACGCGGGGCAUGGAUGUACCCUUCCCAUACCCAGUCCCUCUUCAUCAUCGUCCGUCGUGGCACCAAUAGAUGUCUAUCUUCGGUGCGGCGAGAGCCUCGAGGCUAGGUUGAUGAGGCUCGAUGCGAUCCUGUGUCAAUGCCGACAAACAUCGGAGCCUGAUAACAUGUCUCUGUCACCAGAAGCUUCAAGCUUGGAUAUUGCCAAUACCUCACAAACACUCGAUCAAAAGGUGCCAAGUACUCCUGUACUCCAACCUAUCCGAGGCCCCAAGACUACAGACCUUCAACCGAUAACGACAGACCUAGACAUCGACAUGGGAGACAAGAUAUCCGUCGACUCAAAUGCUGUGUCUGACCUUCUUCUGUCGGAUGCCUUGCAGGCAGCCAGUGACAACACAGAGGAAUACAAAGAAGCUUUGAUCAAGUACCAGAACUCUGCCAAGCGAUCCGGGCGUAAGGACAGGGCUCGUAUUCACAAGGACCCCAAGAAGCGUAGCGACAAGAAGCGGAUAGCCAAGAGCAAGAGUGUAUGA